UAACAAUUCAUUGAGUAGCCUCUAAUAUAUUGACGUCACACAGGGACAUUCCAAAGGGCGCCCAAUGCAGACAGCCAUGCACGACGUCUAAAAAGGAAGGCAUUCAACGUCAGCAAAAUCUUGCCAGCAAAACGGCCAACCAUCACUGAAUGUUUUAUGUGGAAGAAAUCUUCUUGUCGUAUGGGAUACAGUGAACAGUUAGGAAAAAAGGAUGUGUUACAUUGAAGGCUCUGAACUGGAAACGUUCAAGUGAAACUACUUUGACACCUUACACGUGGUUUCAAUGCACACGUAUCAGUUGGGGAGGGAUGGCGGAUGCUAGAAUGGCACCAUUUCAAUAUUACGAAAUGUUCGGCGGGGCUUUUCAACAGAGCGCGAUUGUCUUCAUAAAGUGUCCGUCUCGGCGUGUUUACGGCGCGGGCAACGUCCGCUAGUCGACAGGUCACUGCUGUUAUCUGAAGGUGCGAAAGGUCGCAGAGCGGCAGCCAAACACGAUAUGGUGGAGGGACCGGGCUGUAAGCUGAAGGGAGAACGACUGGUCCGGUUGAAGGGCCAGCGUGUGGUGCAGACGCAGUGGGGGAGGAACCGUACGCGGCCUGAGGUGUGUAUUUUCUCCAGGGUCGGACAGCGACGUGUGGCGACAGAUAUUUUUUUUCUGUAUCUAUUAAAUCUUUUGCUACAGGUUUUGCAACUCAAAGAAGAGCAUGUUAAGCACCUGGUAAAGAUGACAAGGGACUUCUCAAUGUUGUUCUACAAGUGUAGGAAGGAGGGCAGAGCCUUGUCCAGACACUGUAAGGUCUACAAGAGACAGUGGUGUGGCCAGUGCCAGGGGAGGAUCACUGUGUGCAGGAUGGGGGAGAAUGGGAGGAUGACCUACUUCUGUGAAGGGUGUCAAACACGAGACCCUGAGACUAUCAUCAACAACAGAAGGAUUUUGCCCACAAAGAACAGCCUUAUUGGCUGGGUUACCACUGGAGGCCAUUCAAGAGCUGAUGACCAGGAAUGGACAUGUUCAGUCUGCACCUUAAUCAAUAAAGGAAAAGCAGGAAUGUGUUCAGCAUGUGGGUCACCCAAACCUCUGUCCUCCACAGGACGUUUGUCCGAUACAGAGUGGACCUGUUCACUGUGCACUCUGGUAAAUGAUGGGGACACUAAGGUAUGCCUCGUUUGUGAAGGGCCUAGAAGUGAACCAGAAAAUAGCCGAGAGCAGUUGCAACGAGUUAUUGCGACUAGCGAUGGCGAUAGUGUUCACUCUUCAUUGCCAUCGGUGCCAGAUGGGACGCCUUCUCCAUGUAACGGACAGGUAUCGCGGAAAAGAGAAUUGCCUUGCAGCUCAGGUGUGAUAGUCACAAAGCCAACCAUUCCUGCCUCUGGCAAGCUAGCUAGAUUAGAGUCAGCACCAUUAACAAGCCCCUCGGGCACGCGUGUACCGUCGGCAGCGAUUGGGUUUAAUUCAGAUGCUGCCGGCAACAGAUUGGAAAGACCACAACAUGAAAUCACUUUUCACAGUAAUGGAUCCAAAGUGGCCAGGGGUACUGAAGGAAGUAAUACAGUCAUGUGCUGCAAGCAGCACAACAAGGUGUGUGUAGAAAGGACUGCCAGGAAGAAGGGAGAUAACUAUGGUCGCCCAUUCUUCUGUUGCUCCAUGCCUCGAGGAAAACAGUGCCAAUUCUUUCAGUGGGCUGAUGACAAUUUUCCCCUGUGUAACCAUGGGAAACGUUGUGUCAAGAGGACUGUUCUAAAGCAGGGUGUUAAUAACGGCAAGAACUUUUACACCUGUCGUCUGGAACGGGGAAAACAAUGUCCCUUUUUCCAGUGGGUAUGAUCUUGUUGCACCUGUCGAUCAUCUCAAAUUGCUAUAAAUCUUGAACAUAUAUCAUGUGAGAUGUCCUUGCUCACAUCUCACCAUUUGUAUUUGUUAAGGUAUAGAUUUUAAUGUAGAGCAUUUUGGAACAUGAAACAAAGGUACAAAUUCUAAUGCUUUUCAUCACUAAUUUAUCGUCAAUCUGGAUAUUUAUUACAUCAGAACUGCAAAAAUGUUUAGGCUGAUCUAGACUAGCCUUGACUAUCAGCAUUACCAUAAACAAAGUGGUUCUGAAGAUUAAGAGUGGACCGAAUAACAGGAAGAGGACUAUCAGGCAUGUCCUUGAUGUCCUUGCAAUACUCAAAAUAUCAUGUGCUUAACACACACUUCAGAGUUACUGUCUUCAUGUUUCCUGUCUUUGUACAUUUAUUAAGGCAAUAGCUCAGGGGACUGUGGCCAAGAGCCUUUCAAGAUGUGACAACCCUUUUAAUGUAUACACUGGAAAAUGCCUCAAACAGUGUCUAUAUAUUUUAAACUACUUUGAUUUUAUGUAGUAUUAUGAUUCAUAUCUUGCCUUUCUUUUGUCAAUAAAGUUUCAUCCGUAGAGACAAAUCUCCAAACAGGUCAUUUGAGGCAAUUGUUACCCGUAACACAGUUUUGUUCCUGGACGUGUUUCACGGCGAAUUCGGACCAUAAGAUCACAGCGUUUUUAUUAUCACAGUGCUCUCUGAACAGACUAUAAAAUAAGGGACAAAGCAACACUUGGCUGCGAAUUAAAGCACACUCCACAGCAUCUAGACACUCCACGGCAUCUACUAAGACACUCCACAGCAUCUACUAAGACAUUAGACAGCUUUCUUACACCACUGGAAUGGAAAGAAAGCUGGCCGAUUACCGCGUCGAGUAUUCGCUCCCCAGUCACGACUGCUAACGCAAGGACGUGAUCUUUGUGGAAGGACACACGUCAGAUAUGGCCGGCUAAAGCUUGGAUAAUGGAUGUGUACUUCAAAAACAAACCCCGAUAUCAUGUUUGGGCAACAGAAAUGACGUUUAUUACAAACGUGCCGUACAUCAUAUAAUCUCUGUCCUGACUACUAGUGUUUCUGAAUGAUUAUUAAAACGCAUUGUCUGAAUGGA